AUGACGCUUGGGUCACGAAGAUCGAUUUUACGAGACCUGCCAGGGCCGGGACUCGGACCACUGACACCAUUGAAAGCCACGGCCAAAAUCAAAAACCGGGUCAAAUCGAGCAGUAGAACAAGGGAAUUGGUGCAGGUGGAGGAAGGUCAAGGGCAAGAACAAGAAGAAUCGCAGCAGCAUCAGAAACAUCAACAACAACAUCAGGUGCUUGAUCAGGCGCAGGAACAGCGCAGCAGGAGGAGAAGGAUCCUUAGUGCUGCGAGUACUCGUGGUAGAGCAGGCAUUGUCACUCGUCCCAAUACUGAAGAGUCGGCAAGCCCUCCGGCAUAUUCAUAUCCAGAUCCAUCACCGAACGCCCGUGACACCCCGACGCCAGAAGCAGAAACAGAAACAGAAACAGAAGUAGAAACACAGCGAGAGGAAGCCCAACAAGAGUCUCAAACACCAGCACUAUUGUUGUCGUACGAGGACAAGAGCAACAACCAUCAGCAGCACCUCAUUGCCCGUACACGAUUCUGCUCGAGUACGGAUACAAAGCUCCGUCUCGGCAUCUACCAGUUCCUCGUCUUUGCCCGUAUCGAACAAUCCCAUCUCAUCAGGCUCACAAGGGCGACAGGCGACGUUGGUGGAUCCUGGACUGAUAACGGUACGUGCCAGUGUUUAGGGAGGAUCCAUACAGAGGCUGCAGCCCCCUAUGGUCCCUACUGA